ACAUCCUCUAGGUAUGAAAUAUCCUGGGUUCGGGUUCUACCGAAACCUUCACCACUAGCUGACGUGUUAUUUCCCGCUCUUCCACUGGGCCCCAGGCUGGACAGAUACCUGUCAAAUUAAAAAGUUUUACAAACUACGGAUGUGAAAAAACAUGCCGCCCAAGAAAAGGAAAUCCACCCGGAAGGGUGUUGAUGAGGACAGCGCUGUUCCUUUCAAGAAGUAUGUGGUGAAGCCCAGUGGGGAGGGGGAAUCUCAGGAUGAUCUGCCCCUGUCCCAGGAUUCCGUCGUCUCCAUGGACAGGGAUCUACUCAGUAUUGACUGCCUUAAACUUCUCGCAGAAAAGGGGUUCGCAGAUGUGGCCAAAGUUUUGCAAGAAGAGGGUGUGACUAAUGAACUGAUAGACAGAGUCACAGAAAGUCAAUUGAAGGACCUAGAAAUUAAACCACUUGGUAGGAGACUUGAAGCUAUUAAGUGUAUCCAGAAAAUUACUGAAGGACUUUAUGGAUAUAAGAUUUUGAAUGACCCAAUUCACGGACACAUUGAGAUCCACCCCCUCUGUGUGAGGAUAGUAGACACUCCUCAGUUCCAGCGACUGCGCUCCAUCAAACAACUUGGAGGAACUUAUUUUGUUUAUCCCGGUGCAGCUCACAAUCGAUUUGAGCAUUCUUUAGGGGUAUGUUAUUUGGCUGGACAGCUUACAUCCACCCUCAGAAAGCGACAGCCUGACCUGGGGAUCUCCAACACUGAUGUCCUGUGUGUUCAGAUAGCCGGACUGUGUCAUGACCUAGGACAUGGACCAUUGUCUCACAUGUUUGACAAUAAAUUUUUGCCUGUUGCCCGACCCAAGGACAAGGACAAAAUUAAGCAUGAAGCUUUAUCUGUGAAGAUGUUUGACCACUUAGUGAGCAGUAACAACUUGUUGGGGGAAUUUGAGAAGUAUGGACUGACAGAACAAGACAGGACUUUCAUUAAAGAACAGAUCGCGGGACCGCGCAAACACAUCCAAAAGGCAUUGCACACAAGUUGUCCAACUUGUAAGAAUUGGCCAUACAGUGGAAGAAGUAAAGACAAAGGAUUUCUUUAUGAGAUUGUGGCAAACAAGAGAAAUGGGAUUGAUGUGGACAAAUGGGACUAUUUUGCUCGGGAUUGCCACAUGCUCGGGAUCAAGAAUAACUUUGAUCAUACUCGAUGUAUGAAGUAUGCCAGAGUUUUGAAGGUUGAUAAUGAACUGCAGAUAUGCUCAAGAGAUAAGGAAGUAGGAAAUUUGUAUGACAUGUUUCAUACUCGGAACACUUUGCACAGACGAGCAUAUCAACACAGUGUGGGAAACAUCAUAGAAACAAUGAUAACUGAGGCAAUGUUGAAGGCUGAUGAGUUUAUGACGAUUCCAGGAACAAACGGAAAGAUGCGUAAAUUAUCAGAGACAGUUGAUGACAUGGAGGCUUAUCAAAAACUGACUGACUUCAUUGUUGAGCAAAUUCUUUGGUCUACGGACGAAAAACUGAAAGAGUCCAGAGAAAUCUUGAUGAGAGUCCAGAGAAGACAGCUGUUUAAGUGUGUGGGAAACACUCGUCCUCCAAAGGACUCUGAUGUCAAAGAGAAGGAUUAUGAUGAGAAAGUAAAAGACAAUUUUGUGGAAAUCUUGAAGAAUAUGGGCAGUCGUUUGGGAAGAGACGAUAUUAUUAUACAUUUGGUGUUUCUGGAUUAUGGCAUGAAAGACAAGAAUCCCAUAGACCACGUCCGCUUCUACAACAAGAAGGACCCCACCGCCCCCAUCCAUGUCAGGAAGGAUCAAGUGUCUGAUCUGCUUCCUGAAAAGUUUGCAGAACAACUGAUCCGAUUUUACUGUAAGAAAGCAGAUGAGGCAAGCCUUCAACAGGCUACUGAGGCCUUCAAUAGGUGGUGCCAACAGCAUCAGUGCUCUGUGGGUGAUGAUAGCCUGAUGCCUGACAUGACCCCUCUCAAGUCCGACGCCUCGGCAGGCAGCUGCAGUACAACCCCCGAGUCAUCUAAAAUCCUGGACAGUCAGAACACACCUGGGACUGCCAGUAAAUUCAAGUCCCGCCUGAAGUUUGACUAAACCAAAGAUGUCCCAAAUCAAGCUGCUAUGUUUCAGUUCUUGGUAGUUAGGACUAUUGUCACUAUGAAGUUGAAUUAGAGUGAUACCUAUUAUUGUAGGUACAAGUGUACUAUAAAAGCAGAAAUACUCAUUGAGGAUUUACCGGGUAAUUUCAUUUAUUCUAUUGUAUAUACUAAUCUGUCCAAUAAAAUUCCCCAUAAAAAGUUAUGUGAUUAUAGGUUUGAAUUGGGUUUUUUUUUUUAUAAAAAAGGAAAUUAAAUCCCCCAUGAAACAAGUUGAGAUUACAAAUAAAUGGAAUUUUAUCCUUUGAAAUUUCUGCUUCUACAGUAUGUACAUGUUCUUUUGUUUCAAAUAUUCUGGUUUUGAUUUCUGAAAUAAUAAGUUUUAAAGUUAAAUAUCGUCUACCUGGUAGUGUUGAUGUGUUGCAUUGUGUUUCAGACAUUCUGUACCAGUUUUAAACAUUUUUACCAUUGUUCCAGGGCAAUAGUGCCCCUGUCUUCAUUGUUUUAUGUUCUGGUUGGUAAUUUGAGUAUUACUUGUGUGUUUUCCUUUUUAGCAGAUUUUUUUGUUUAUUUUAUCCAAUUUUACUAUUGGUUAUAUACAAAUAACAGACAAACUUAUUUUCCAUGCAAAUGUGUUUAAAUGAAAUCCAAUUUACAGUAUUUUUUAUAUACAUAGAAUCCAUUUUCUAUCCCAGUGAUUUAUGUUGUACUCGAUCAGUAUAUCGAAUCAAUACUCUUGCAAAAAAAAAUUCCAUCGAUUUCAUUUGCUUUUAGUAUAGUUUUUUAAAACAGCACUUGUAUUGUUUCCCAUAUCAUGUGCAAGAAACAUAACAUGAUUAUAUAUACCGUUAGUCACUUUAAGUAUAGGUAGAUAAGGCAUUAGUUUCCCUUACCCCACAUAGAUUUUAAUUUAAUCUUAAGUAAGGCACAUUUGAAAUUUUUCUUAUAAAAAACAUCCUGUAUUUGAUCCUGUAUGUUUAGUCAGAUACCAUAUCAUCUUUAUCAGUGACUGUGCAAUACCACUAUUACAUAUGUAGUAUAUACCUCCAUUUUCAGUUGAAUUUUACAAAUUAAAAGGCCACUAUUUAACAUCAAUCAGUUCACUUCUUUUGAUGAAGUUGUCUUUUUGCCCAUUUUAGAUAAUCAUUUACACUGGUUAAGUCUUUUUUCAUGUCCUCUUAAAUCACUGCUUCAAAUUUCUACUGAAACCACUGCCAUAGCUAUUUCGUAUCAAUGUAUUUUCUUUUGCACUGACAUGCUAGUACACAUGUUGUUCAGAACCACUGCCAUGGUACAACCACCAACCAUUCUGAUCCAUUGUAUAAAUUAACUUGACCGCUGCAUCACAUUCUAAAUCACCUAUAUAUGAAAAAUCAACAACAUACAUAUAUAUAUUAUAUGCAUUGAGGACUUUUUGUCUUAUGGUGAAGCUUUAUAACCUUCCCUCGCCCGGAUUGAAUAACUUCCUCAACUUUUACAAUUCCUUCCAUUUAACUGGGACCACGAUUGUAAAUCACUGUUGUGCAAUCAUGAUAAGCUGACUUGUGUCAUGGCCUUGUUAUUUUAUUUUGCCAUGGUUUAGUGAUUUGAUGACUGAGGUUGUCUCGUAGCCUACUCUUUUACAUGUAACUACCCUAAAGCCCAAAAGCCAAAUUCUUUGUCCCAUUUCUCUACAUGUGCCAAUGUAUCUGGAUUUUAUUCUAUUUUCUUCUGCAUGAUUAGCCUACCUGUGUGUUGUACUUUUUUCGCUGAUUUAUCUGCUUUUAACUUUAAACUUUUAUCCUUGCUGUGUUAUUUUUAACCAUUAGUUAUUAUUUAAAGCUAUUUAUAGCCUCUUGUGCUAUUUUAUUUACAUUUAUUAUGUACAAGUUAUGAAAUAUUGUCGUAUUGUAAUUUGCAUGUUUUUCACAUGUAUGGUCUGUAUCCAUAUAUACCAACAAGUAAGCUUUUGUUACAGGAUGUUGUAAUUGGUUUAAAUUACCACCACACUGUUGUGUUUGUAGAUUUUAAUCACAGUUUUAUACUGCUCAAUCGAUUCCGUACCUGUAUUUCACAACUCUGUUAUUUAUAAAGCUCCCCUUUGUAGUUGAGGUCAUGUGACAAAGUCACGUGACUGUGUGAGUUUUUAAGGAUUUAAUGUCUCUACGCUUUACUCUCUACCGUCCCUCGCGAUUCUAGUCUUCAUGUACAUGAACUGUACCUAUAACGUGCUCCUAACCCUAACCCUUAUCAGACUUUACCUCUAGAUAGAGGAAAUAUAGAAAUGUAGAGUAGUCCUACCGGAAUAUUAUACUCGGAAAUUCUCAUAAGACGGCUUAAAAUGUACAUGUAUCUUUUAUAAAAAUAUAUGUUAUGCAUGAAAGCCAAAAUAUCAUAUGACUGGUAAAUUUCUACUUAUGUAUUGCUUAAAGAAAAUCAAACUAAGAUGACUGUUCCAUCGUUAUGUACCACUGUAUCUGAUGUCACGUGAAUAAAGUGGGUGUUAUCUUA